UUAAAAGGGUGUUGUAGGCCCUAGAGAUGGUGGUGAAAUUGCUGUUAUGUACUUAAGUGUUUUGUGGGGAGAUUUUGUUUGUUUUUUUUCUUUUGGGGUGUGAAAAGACUGGAAAUUUGUGAGGCUGUGGUUGUUCUUUGUUAAAUGUAAAACCAAUAAAGCUUCUUCCUGAGUUUCUGUGGUGUUGCUUGCAGGCUGUUCCAACAAGUCUAGCAGGAACAGUGGCUCCUUUCAUGGUGGUAUUGGAAGAUAUCCCUCUCAAUUUCUUUCUACCUCUGGAAAUAUAGAAAAUGUUUGUAAGUGGACAUAUAUGUUGUUUGUGGUGUUGUCAGGGGAUGGGGGGAAGAUUGGUUUUCUGUUGGUGCAUUAGGUUUUGUUGUUAACGAUGGAGGGUUCAUCUGGGUCUGCUUGGCAGACAUCUGAUAGUUCUAGGGGAUUGAAUACUUCUGGUGUAUCAGACAGGAACCUGGUCCUUCCAGUACCACAGGAGAAGGAGUCUGAUAGAGUCUUGAUGGCUCAUAAUGAUCAACUCAGGAAUCAGAUAGAUAUGUCUCGGGUGUUUGAGGAUGAGACAGCAGCAGAACCUGAACCUUUUGUCCAUGAGGUAGAAUGGGAUGAUGUUAGCUUGAGGCAGUGGUUGGACAGACCAGAAAGAUCUAUUGAUGUCUUUGAAUGUUUACAUAUCUUCAGACAAAUAGUAGAAAUUGUAAAUGCGGCACAUUCACAAGGAGUUGUUGUUCAUAAUGUUCGACCUUCCUGCUUUGUCAUGUCUUCUUUUAGCCGUGUCUCCUUCAUUGAGUCUGCUUCUUGUUCAGAUUCAGGGUCGGAUUCCCUGGAGGAUGAAUUAAACAACCAAAGCCAGCAGAGGAGCAGAUUAGGAGUUGAAGAUUUUACACCCCAGCCUGAUCCUACAAUUGCUUUUUCAGAAGCUAGUUGCAUGCAGUCUAGUUCGGCUUAUGCAACCAAUGCUUCAUUAGCGGAAGACACUUUAGUAAAUAGAAUCAGAGAUUGGAGGAGUAUUGAACAAGUUGAUGAGAAGCAAUCAUUUCCAAUGAAACAAAUACUACUUUUGGAGACCAAUUGGUAUACUAGUCCUGAAGAGCUCACUGGUGCCUCGAAUUCGUGUUCGUCGGAUAUAUAUCGAGUUGGAGUUCUUCUUUUUGAGUUAUUUUGCCCAUUUAGCUCGAGAGAAGAGAAAGCCAGAACUAUGUCUAGUCUCAGACAUAGGGUUCUUCCUCCUCAAUUGCUUUUGAGGUGGCCAAAAGAGGCGUCAUUUUGCUUAUGGCUACUGCAUCCUGAGCCAACCGGUCGGCCAAAAAUGAGUGAAUUGUUACAGAGUGAGUUUCUUAAUGAACCUAGAGAUAACUUGGAAGAACGUCGAGCAGCUAUAGAGCUGAAAGAGACAAUAGAGGAGCAGGAUUUGCUGUUGGAAUUCCUUAUGUUGAUAAAGCAAAGAAAACAGGAAGCUGCUGAUAAGUUGCAAGAUACUGUUUCCUUUUUGUGUUCCGAUGUUGAGGAAGUUGUAGGCAUGCUUAAAUUUCUCAAGAAAAAGAGAGGCCCGAGCACAGAACCGGGGAAGGAUGAUCAUUUGAUGUCAUAUCUCCCUUCUUCAGAAACUGGUGAUAACGGUGAUUUUGCUGGCUUGGGCUCCAGGAAACGUUUGAGGCCUGGAGUUAAUUUGGAAGGUGUCGAAGAUUGUGAUGACAAUUCAGGGGAUGCCCAGAACUCAGAUGCUCUUGUUACCCAAGAACAAGAGAGUAUUCUCCAUAAAAGUUCUCGAUUGAUGAAGAAUUUUAAGAAACUCGAGUCAGCUUAUUUUUUGACAAGGUGCAGACCAAUUAGGGCAUUGAGGAAACCACUGAACGUGCAUUCACCAAUGAGUAGUGAUGGGAGAGGGUCUGUCGUUGUAACUGAAAGGAGUUCUAUCAGUAACUUAGCAUCAAAAGAACAAGAUAGCAAUAAACAAGGUGGACAAAUAACUCCAUUCGCUGAGGGAUUGUGCAAGUUUCUAUCUUUCAGUAAGUUAAGAGUUAAGGCAGACCUGAAGCAAGGUGAUUUAUUGAAUUCUUCGAAUCUAGUAUGUUCUCUCAGUUUUGAUCGUGAUGGAGAGUUUUUUGCUACGGCUGGUGUAAAUAAGAAGAUUAAAGUGUUUGAGUGUGAUACAAUAAUAAAUGAAACUCAUGAUAUACACUAUCCUGUAGUUGAAAUGUCCGGUAGAUCUAAGCUUAGCAGUAUUUGUUGGAAUAGCUACAUCAAAAGUCAGAUUGCUUCAAGUAAUUUUGAAGGCGUAGUACAGGUAUGGGAUGUUACAAGAAGUCAAGUAGUUACAGAAAUGAGAGAACACGAGAAGCGUGUCUGGUCCAUUGACUUUUCAUCUGCAGAUCCAACAAUGCUAGCUAGCGGGAGUGACGAUGGUUGUGUUAAGCUAUGGAGUAUCAAUCAGGGCGUAAGCAUUGGUACUAUCAAGACAAAGGCCAAUGUCUGCUGUGUUCAGUUUCCCAUGAAUUCCAGUCGCUAUCUUGCAUUUGGUUCAGCAGAUCAUAAAAUCUAUUACUACGAUCUACGAAACUCAAGAGUUCCUCUUUGCACAUUGGUUGGACAUAAUAAAACUGUGAGUUAUGUCAAGUUCGUUGAUGCAGCAAAUAUUGUUUCUGCGUCUACGGAUAACACACUAAAGCUCUGGGAUUUGUCACUAUCAACAUCUCGGGUUAUCGACACUCCCCUUCAAUCGUUCAAUGGUCACAAGAAUGUGAAGAACUUCGUGGGAUUGUCGGUAUCCAAUGGCUUCAUUGCAACUGGCUCUGAAACAAACGAGGUUGUCAUCUACCACAAAGCUUUUCCUAUGCCGGCAUUAUCGUUCAAAUUUCACGAUACAGACCCACUUUCCGGCCUUGAAACGGAUGACACUGCACAGUUCAUCUCUUCUGUUUGCUGGCGCAACCACUCCUCAACCUUGGUUGCAGCAAAUUCUACUGGGAACAUAAAAUUUCUGGAGAUGGUCUAGUAUGUGAUUAUGCAGAUUGUUCAUGAAAUCUAAUAGCCAUCAAGAGACCUUUUUUGGCUUUAGAUCAUAUGGAUGCUCUUAGCAUUGUAGAUAAGAAUUUCUUUAAGAGAGAAGAAGGGUAAAGGAAAUUUUUGUUGUAAAUUCUUAUGGUUCAAAGAUGAUGGUCAUUUUUUGACUAUUAUAAAUGGAGCUUCUGUAUCAUU